AUGGUCGAUUCUCUGUGUUCCUACUGUCAAAUUUUUGGCAAACCUUCAACACAAAUAAAUUUCAUUAUUCUCGCUGGUGGACCAGAUACAACUGCCUAUGAACGAAUAAAAUAUUUUAUACAAAACUAUUCACAAACUAGCACGUCAUUUGAAGUCAAUAAUUUGACUAAUUAUGAUGCAUUAAUGACCAUACAAAAUCGCAUAUUCGAUCAUAAAAGUCAACCUUCAUCAACUAAUUCAGUCACAACGAAUCCAAUACAUACAUGCUGUCGUGGACAUACCACAUUGCAUGCAAAGGAAUAUGAGACACUUCGCAAGGAAGUUGAUGAUCUGCUCAAUAAGAACGCAUUAACUUGGAUUCUCGUUUAUGGCUCCGUUCUUUUGGAUCCGGAUUUCCUUAAGAUAGUCAUCGACUCAAAUAAUCAAAAGCAACCACCCGUUACAACGACAUUCGCUGUUCUCGGUUUAUUAGUUAAUGAAGAGAAACUGUUCAUGGAUUGGAUUUGUCAGAGUGCUCCUUAUGAAGAAUACAUUAAUCAAACAUAUCCCAAUUAUAGAGAUCGUACUCGAAGAUUUUUUUCUCUACUGAAUUCCUCGCUAUCUCUUCGAGAACAUACAUUGCUUGUUCAAGAUAAUGGCGACUUUGCGAGUGCUCAAUUACAAGAAAUAUUAAAAGAUCUAUUUGAUCAAAAGCUACUGAAAUACUCAUCUAACAAUGAUAACGUUCGAUCUUCGAUGGAAAAAUUGCUUGGACCACAUAAUCGAACGGUGCAACAUGUACGAUAUACUACAUCACACUUAAAGUCUUAUUAUGCACAAAUUUUGAAGCGUCCUUUAGAGACUCUUUGCAGUCGUUUGAAAAAUACUGACGAAGCAACUGAGGCGGUCCGUGAAGUAGUCUAUUUAGUGCUUCGUGAUAUGACCUACGCCGAUAGAGAGAAGCGAAAAGCAUACAAACGACAUUUUCUAUGUGGAUUUAAGGAUUCAGAUGUUGAAAAUUCAGACACAAUCGCAGCUCAACUGAUUCUUUAUGCACAACGACUGCUUGCUAGCAAUGACGAGUCGACAUUUUCUCUUCUCUAUGCAAUUCUUUGGUGCGUCUGCCAAGUAUCGAAACACUUUUUCUUUCGUCACAAACUAUUCAGUAACACGCGCGAGACUUUCGAAUUGAGUCUUUCACUCGUAUGCCAUCAAAAUUAUGCUCUUAUACUCGCUGGCCUGGAUCUCUGUGAAAAGAUUCUUAGUGCUGAUCUAAAUGAACAUAGAUAUGCCCAUGUUUAUUUAUCAGUCGAUCCAUCAACAGCACGAAAAAUUUUAAAUGCAAUUAUGCAGCUUUUAUUACCGUAUCGACGGCUGAAGGAAAUGUACCGGGAUGAAGCACUCUCAUUCGAUUCCGAAUCAGAUGAUCGCAAAUCACGAAUGUCAUCGGAAAUGGACUACUGCUUUCAACAUACUGAAAUUUUAGCGAACUGGGUUAAUUUCGAAGUUUUAUCAUCUCUUUUCUAUGCAAGUUUUGACCAUUCUUCGCAAGUGACAGCAGAUGACGUUCACACAAUUGUUGACGCCAUCGAAAUUCUAACCGAUCCAAAGUUCGCUGUAUCAUCUCAAAUUGCAGACAGGUCUAAUAAAAAACUGUUGUUGAUCAUCAACUUAUAUGCUCUGCUCACAUCGUUCCUUAUUAAUGGUUCGAUCUCAAUCAGUACCACGGUAAAACGACAAGUCCAUCUACUGACAAUAAUUCCAUCCACUAUUGGAGUGCUAUUUCGAAGUAGCUCAUCUCACAUGAACAAAGUCGAUAUACCCCUUCGUUUGUACUCUCUACUGGUACAAUCGAAAACGGAACACAUUGAUGAGGACGAGGAUGAGAAAGAAUAUAUUGAAACACCUAACGUCAUCACAACGGUUGAACCCGCCAAUCAGCCGAAGAAACCUUCAACAUCUACGAAAGAUCUACUAUCUGCAUACCAUUCGUUGCAUGAGCAGCUUCAAAUAUUAGGUCAAUGCGACGAAACUGGAAAGCAAUUGAAGGAUUUUCAGAAAUUAUAUGAUAGCGAAUGGGAGAAAAUUAACAUUUUACAAUUAAAAUGCGAUUAUGAACACUUGAAACAGGAAAAGCAAUCACUUAAUGAAAGAUUUCAACAUCUCGAAGAAGAAUUACAACGUACAAAGGCCGAUCGAGAUGAAUAUCAAAAAGAGAAUAUUCGAAUGGCCAAAGAGAUCGAUCGUUUAAUCAAAUUAGGUACUUCUGCGAAUGUCGUCAUCCAAUCUGGGGAAAUUUCGACGAGUACUUCAUCAGAAAAAGACAAUACUGUGAGCGAGACAGAUGACACCGAUCAAUUACCAGAUGUCUCACCUGAUCAGAUCACAAGCGAGCAAGCUGAACAGUUCAUUAGAAAGAUAUGCCAUCGAAGAGAAACAUUUAAGGACAAGGAUAUGCGAGAAUCGAUAUGCGGCUCAUUGAGACAUCUCGGUUCGGAUCUUUACAGUUCGUCGGUACAUUUUCUUGACGAACUAAUUCAAAACGCCGAAGAUAAUAUUUAUAAUGAACAUAGCCCGUCUUUACGAAUCGAGUUGAAUCAUGAUUAUAUUCUAUUUUCGAAUAAUGAACGAGGUCUUCGAUAUUGUGACGUUUCAGCUAUUUGUAGUUUGGCAGUGACUACAAAAACUGGCGAAAGGAAACAUAUUGGCGAGAAGGGUGUUGGAUUCAAAUCAGUUUUUGCCGCAUCCAAUCAACCGGCACUCUUUUCGCACGCAUGGCGAUUUCGUUUCGAAGUUCCUGGUCGAGAUGAAAUGUCGUAUAUCACACCGAAAUGGAUAGCCGAGAAAGACACUCCUUCGUGGAUCGCAGAACAAAUCGCCACUCGUCCUCAACAUACUCACCUUUAUCUGCCACUCAAAUUACCAGCAGGUAAAUCUUCCGCUGAACAGUUUCUCAAUGAUGUUUGGGAUGCAGUGGAUUCCUGUAUUCUAUUGAACAUGAGUCGUUUGGAGCAUCUGGAAGUUGUUGACCGAAGAAAAAACACAUCAGUAGUCAUCAAAACACAACAGAUCGGUUUAACACAAUUAAAAACACAACCGAUUGUGCCCUUUGAGGAUCUGACUUUUCUCGAUCUGAAGGGUUCGAUGGUUCGAUUAUGUACUCUCGAAGGUGAUGAAACAUUUCGAGUGUAUAGUUGCCAAAUCGAUGUUCCAAGUUCAAUCGAACAACGUGAAAAUUCGACAACAACGUUAACAAUAGCGUUUCCAUGUAAUCCAGAAUAUACUCUCAAAGCAAAUGUGUACACGGGUCUACCUGUUUGUGAUCUUGGAUUUAAUUUUAUAUUCAAUGCUGAGUUUCAUUUAGUUACAAACCGAGAAAAUGUUCUCGAAAAUGCUAAGCUUAACAUUUAUCUUCGUGAUCAUUUAGCUGUUCUUUUCGUUUACCUUCUUUCGAAUGAUAUCGAUUUAAAAAGAGACAUAAGUCGUUUUUGUCCGUUGGGAAAUACUCACCACGGCAAACGCUCCUCCUGGUGGCUUUCGAUGGUUGAUCGUAUACGUAAUCUAUUGAAGAAACAUCUCUCCGAUAUUUUGGGUAUUCGUGCAGGUAAAACAAUUCGUUAUUGGAAUCCUACUCUGGCACCUCUGAUUUCUGCAAAACAAUUGGAAACCUAUGCUAAUAUUCGAGUGAUUGAUGUGACCGAUAAAUUGUAUAACGUUGAUCUUUUGGAAUCUAUUCAAGUAGAAAAAGUUUCUAUCACGGAUGUAUUGACAUGUUUUCCGAAUCGAGAUGACGAGAGCAAUGAAUUUCAACAGUGGGCUCUGAAACAAGACGAAUCCUGGUGGUCGCAACUCUUUCAUUGUUUAUUAGAAGCGCUGACUCCAGAUAUAUCGCAGCUCAUGUUCAAAAAGCCGAUUUUUCUUCUUCAAGAUAGUCGCGAACGACAAUAUCUGCCAACACCUAACGAAAAUUGUCCAAUGCUUUACAUUAACGAUGAUUCGUCCGUUCGCAUAUGGAAACCACGAUUAACUAUUCUUCAAUACGCAUCUCUGGACGAAAAAGCAGCUCUUCUACGAUUCCAUAAGGUUCAAACCUUAACAGAGCAAAAGUUAAUCGAAAUUAUUCAAUGUCAACACCUAGAUCUGUGCGUAAAAUCAGUAAUGAUACUUGUAGAUGAGAAUUUACUAGAAGAAAUUUGGAAUGAUUUAUCUUAUCUUCAGUCUCGUGUUGAAAAAUUAGAUGCUUCCAAGCCAUUUCUCGUACCCAUUCAAGCCUCCGAUCCUUGUUUGACUUUUAUUCGAAACGCAACUCUACCGACCGUCUUGGGCUUGGACAUCACACCUUAUGUUUCGGCGACACCCGUAACAUUUGUUCGAUUUCCUUAUUUUACUGUCGAUUCGAAUCAUUUAAUCAAUCAUCUUCAAUGGGAAGACUUUUUACUAAAAAUGGGCUGUACAUGUCCUUCAAUAAAUCUUCCCGAUACUUAUACUAUUGAUCAGUUGCCAACUUUACCAUUGUUUACUAUGUUCACAAACGAGAAGUAUGCUCGUUUAGGUGAAUUCAUUCUCUCAGCCCAUCCAGAAGAUACUCAGCAGGUACUGCGACAAUUCCCGAUCGUUUCUAUGAUAAAUUCUGAACAGCGAAUCCAACCAGUUUCAAUGGCAUUCAAUCAAUUUAUAACUGCCGAUUUCGUGAAAUUACCACGUGUCGAUGUUCCUCCUUACUGCUGUACACUGGCAAUAAAGCUGGGUGUUCGUGCCGACUAUGAUCUAAUAACAUGUAUGAAUAUUCUUCGAUACUUAAGCAGCGAAAAGAUUGCCAAUGUUGAUCUUUACCUGCAUUGGUUAACUCGAUUACAACUGGAUAUCAAAGAAAAGAUCGAAACCGUUGACAAAGAAAGUUUCCUUUCCGAUUGUCAGCUGUAUCUUCCAGAUCAAGAAAAAUUUUGUCUCCUGAAAGAUCUUCUCAUCGUGGCAGAAAUCGAUAAUAAACAUCGNUGUGACGUUUCAGCUAUUUGUAGUUUGGCAGUGACUACAAAAACUGGUGAAAGGAAACAUAUUGGUGAGAAGGGUGUUGGAUUCAAAUCAGUUUUUGCCGCAUCCAAUCAACCGGCACUCUUUUCGCACGCAUGGCGAUUUCGUUUCGAAGUUCCUGGUCGAGAUGAAAUGUCGUAUAUCACACCGAAAUGGAUAGCCGAGAAAGACAUUCCUUCGUGGAUCGCAGAACAAAUCUCCACUCGUCCUCAACAUACUCACCUUUAUCUGCCACUCAAAUUACCAGCAGGUGACUCUUCCGCUGAACAGUUUCUCAAUGAUGUUUGGGAUGCAGUGGAUUCCUGUAUUCUAUUGAACAUGAGCCAUUUGGAGAAUCUGGAAGUUGUUGAUCGAAGAAAAAACGCAUCAAUAGUGAUAACAAAACAAAAGAUCGGUUUGACAAAAUUAGAAACACAACCGAUUGUGCCCUUUGAGGAUCUGACUUUUCUCGAUCUGAAGGGUUCGAUGGUUCGAUUACGUACUCCCGAAGGUGAUGAAACAUUUCGAGUGUAUAGUUGCCAAAUCGAAGUUCCCAGUUCAAUUGAACAACGCAAAGAUCCGACAACAACGUUAACAAUAGCAUUUCCAUGUAAUCCAGAAUAUACUCUCAAAGCAAAUGUGUACACGGGUCUACCUGUUUGUGACCUUGGAUUUAAUUUUAUAUUCAAUGCUGAGUUUCAUUUAGUUACAAACCGAGAAAAUGUUCUCGAAAAUGCUAAGCUUAACAUUUACCUUCGAGAUCAUUUAGCUGUUCUUUUCAUUUAUCUUCUUUCGAAUGAUAUCGAUUUAAAAAGAGACAUAGGUCGUUUUUGUCCGUUGGGAAAUACUCACCACGGCAAACGCUCCUCCUGGUGGCUUUCGAUGGUAGAUCGUAUACGUAAUUUAUUCAAGAAACAUCUCUCCGAUAUUUUGGGUAUUCGUGCAGGUAAAAUAAUUCGUUAUUGGAAUCCUAAUCUGGCACCUCUGAUUUCUGCAAAACAAUUGGAAAACUAUGCUAAUAUUCGAGUGAUUGAUGCGACCGAUAAAUUCUAUAACGUUGAUCUUUUGGAAUCUAUCGAAGUAAAAAAAGUUUCUAUCGCGGAUGUAUUGACAUGUUUUCCGAAUCGAGAUGAAGAAAGCAAUGAAUUUCAACAGUGGGCUCUGAAACAAGACGAAUCCUGGUGGUCACAACUCUUUCAUUGUUUAUUAGAAGGGCUGACUCCAGAUAUAUCGCAGCUCAUGUUCAAAAAGCCGAUUUUUCUUCUUCAAGAUAGUCGUGAACGACAAUAUCUGCCAACACCUAACGGAAAUUGUCCAAAGCUUUACAUUAAUGAUGAUUCGUCCAUUCGCAUAUGGAAACCACGAUUAACUGUUCUUCAAUACGCAUCACUGGACGAAAAAGCAGCUCUUCUACGAUUCCAUAAGGUCCAAAUCUUAACAGAGCAAAAGUUAAUCGAAAUUAUCCAGUGUCAACACCUAGAUCUGUGUGUAACAUCAAUAAUGAUACUUGUAGAUGAGAGUUUACUAGAAGAAAUCUGGAAGGAUUUAUCUUAUCUUCAAUCUCGUGUUGAAAAAUUAGAUGCUUCCAACCCACUUCUCGUACCCAUUCAAGGCUCUGAUCCUUGUUUGACUUCUAUUCAAAACGCAACUCUACCGACCAUCUUGAGUUUGGACAUCAGACGCUAUGUGUCGGCGACACCCGUAACGUUUGUUCGAUUUCCUUAUUUUACUGUCGAUUCGAAUCAUUUAAUCAAUCAUCUUCAAUGGGAAGAUUUCUUACUAAAAAUGGGCUGUAAACAUCCUUCAAUAAACCUUCCCGAUACUUAUACUCUUGAUCAAUUGCCAACUUUGCCAUUGUUUACUAUGUUCACAAAUGAGAAGUAUGCUCGUUUAGGUGAAUUCAUUCUCUCAGCCCAGCCAGAAGAUACACAGCAAGCACUGCGACAAUUCCCGAUCGUUUCUAUGAUAAAUUCUGAACAGCGAAUCCAACCAGUUUCAAUGACAUUCAAUCAAUUUAUAACUGCCGAUUUCGUGAAAUUACCACGAGUCGAUGUUCCUCCUUACUGUUGUACACUGGCAAUGAAGCUGGGUGUUCGUGCCGAAUAUGAUCUAAUAACAUGUAUGAAUAUUCUUCGACACUUGAGCAGUGAAAAGAUUGACAAUGUUGAUCUUUACCUGCAUUGGUUAACUCGAUUACAGCUCGAUAUCAAAGAAAAGAUCGAAACCGUUGACAAAGAAAGUUUCCUUUCCGAUUGUCAGCUGUAUCUUCCAGAUCAAGAAAAAUUUUGUCUCCUGAAAGAUCUUCUCAUCGUGGCAGAAAUCGAUAAUAAACAUCGAACUGGCAUUUCUUUAGUUUGCAAAUAUCGGCAAUUACAACUGAUCUCUCCUACAGUCAAUCCCGUGUACUGGCCGUUCAAAGGACUAUUUCGUAUGUUAGAUUGUCAAUGUCAAGUGACUAUUAAAGAUAUUUACCAAACUAUUCGUUUGGUGAAAAAUGAUACACAAAACUUUCAUCCAAUCGGUAAUGGAUUGACGAGAUUAAAUGAAACUGGCAUGGAAACAAUGAUUACUCUUUUACAGUACUUUGAAGAUUUGCUACUUAAAUGUAUUGAGAGUAGUGAAGCUGACAGUAAUCUUUACAGAACAGUUAUCAAACUGAAGAAUCAGGAUGCACCACCUGGCAGUCCCGAAGAUUUAAAAUGGCGUUUUGCAUUGACUUCAAAGGAGAUUUCGUCAGGAAUGAAAACCUUACUUCGUAACUCGAUUCGAAACGUGUCUCUUCCACUUGUUACCAAUGGUCAUCGACUGAUUACUAAGAGAUCGACGAAUAUUGUGUAUGCGUGUUUUGAAAUAAAAAUCAUCAACAAUCUAUCAAGAAAAUUUGAGAAACGUCAUUUUAUCUCUCCAGUAAUUACUCGAACGUGUCCAUUGACUUUGGCUUUGUCACACAUCGAUUAUGUCGAACAACACGGAAAGAUAAGAUGGGAUCAUCCGAAUAAUACUAUGGAAAAUAAUCUCACAAAAUUAACGGAGAUAUUUCGGGAGGUAAUCGAGGAUAGUCAACUGAACGUAAUCAGCACCAGGUUUACUAAAAUUUCUUUGUUACUCUCAAAUGGUACUGUCGAAGAGACGUCCAAUAGUUCGGAUGAGGAUGAUUGUCGAAUGGAGAGCAACUAUGCCUUUUGGAUUUUUGACAAAACUGUUCUCAUAUGCACUGAUUACUUCAAAGAUAAUUCUGCCAAAGCUAUCGUAGCCAUAUCAGCUCUGGCAACUCUAUUACAUAAAUGUCGAUAUAAAUCCUUCGACGAAGCGAAAAUGAUUGCACAACAAAAAAUCAGCAAUUGUGACGCAUUUGCUUCAACACACCUUUCAUCAUUCUCCAGCACUGCACCUAGCAUCUAUGCAUUACUGGCUGUGAUUUUUCCAGUAGAUCAUGAAUCGGUCGAGUCGAUUGUUUUUUCAAUUGGUGACAACUGUAUAACUGAAGAAGAUCCACAAGAAAUUCACAUCGCUCCAGAACGAUCUCUGGAAGACGAAAUUUACCAAGAGCGUGUGAAACAGCAGGAUCACCGUAAUUUAGAUCGAAAAAUACCAAAGGAUUGGACAGAUCCAUCUAUUGUUGAUGGUGAACAACAUAUUCGUAUUGGUCAAAAGGCCGAGCAUUUUUUCUUUGAUUAUCUACAAAAGGAGUAUGGCAAAAAGGAUGUUACACCAGUUAGAAAUUGGCGAUCAUCUGCACGAGCAAAGGUCUACUCAGGAUGCACACGUAAUAUAAAUGAUUCAGCCGGUUAUGACUUGGAAUUAUAUGAUACAAAACAAGUGUUUGUGAAAGGAUAUGAGUCAAGAGCUAAGAUGUGCUACUUUGAAGUUAAAGGAACAAAUGGAGCUUUUCAUGAAGACAAGACUAGGUUUCAUAUAUCUCAAAAUGAACUCGACAAAUGUAAAAGUAUUGCUGUAGAACGUGAAGCAUACUUUCUUAUUAUUAUCGAGCAUUGUCUCAAUCCUGCAAUGAUUGCCUUAGCUAAAGUCUUUAAUUGGAGUAGUAACUUUGAUUCAGUAUCACUGGUAAACAGCAGCUACAAAUGCAGAUUUAUUACAGUAUCACCUAGUGCUACUAAUCAGAAUAAUAUCGAGAGUAAUGUUGACGAAGAUGGAGGUUGGGAAACUGUCCGUUCUCGUCAUCGUCGAGAUUCACGACAAUCAAUAGAUUCAAAUAAUGACAACUUCUCCCAGGAUCGUGAUAAUUAUGAUCAAGGACAGCGGAAUUUCACAAAUGGUCGCAACAAUUACCGUGGAACGCACGAAACACAGCAAAGCGGUCAAUCAUGGCGAUCGACGCAACAACGUCAACAAGGAUAUACACAAAACUCUCAGCCAAGGGGCCGAGGACGAGGAUCUUUUGACAACACGGGUCGCCACGAUUACCGUGGACAGUUUAAUAACCAAAAUCAAUCCAAUGGCGCGUAUCGAUCACAACAAAACGGUCAAUCCUCGCGACCAACGCAACAAGGAUAUACACAAAACCCUCAGUCAAGGGGUCGAGGACGUGGACGAGGUGACUUUAAUAAUGCAGGUCGCAAUUAUUAUCCUUAUUGA